AUGUCCGAAUCUUCAGAUCCCGCGCCGAAAUACCGCAUCCGGCCCGGAACCUUCUUUGAUGUUCCAGCCACGACACGGAUCUAUGCUGCAUCAUUCAGCAACGAACCACUAAUCGACUUUUUCUUCCCCACGAGGAGACAGGAUCCUUUGUCUUUCUUUACGUGGUCUUGCCGACGAUUUCAGCGUCGGUAUUGGACGCCUGGGUAUUCACUGAGUGUCGUGGUUGAUAAGCAUGAUCAUCCGGUCGGCCUAUCGUGGUGGAAGCGACCAACUCAGCCUCUAACACUCCUUCAAAAGCUCCUCUCUCCUUCGUUCUGGAUCGGUUCAGUCGUCAACGCUUUCAUCGACCUUCAAGAAUAUCUCUUCCCAGUCCAAGGUCUGAACAAGAAGAACAUGGAAACCUUUGAGCAAGCAUUUUCUGCCGUUGAGCCGCAUGUUCUAGACACCCCGACAAGGCAAAAGGCGCACUACCUUUCUCUGUUGGGCGUCGACCCCGUUCUGCAAGGAGAGGGUCUUGGCAAGAUGCUGCUAGAGGAUGGACUUGAGAAGGUAGAUGAUGCGGACUCGGCGGCAUGGCUUGUUAGUCUAGCUGGUCUGGAGAAGCUUUAUGCAAGAUAUGGGUUUGCUGAGGCCACCAAGGUUGAGGUUGAAGGGCUGCAUGAUUGGAAAGGUGGUAUGGUGAUGGUUAGAGAUUGA